GAUUAUUUAUGCCUGUGUAACAUCAGAAACAGGAUGUCAAUUUUUAUGAAGAAAGGCGGCCGUGCCCGUGGUGAGCAGCUGCACCAGGUGGCGUCCGGGGUGGGGUCAAUGAAGCGCAGCCUGAGGAAGAUGUGGCGCCCUGGAGAAAAGAAGGAGUCCCAGGGUGUUGUCUAUGAGGAUGUGCAGGACGACACCGACGAUUGCAAGGAAACGCUUAAGGUGGUUUUUGAAGGAAGUGCAUAUGGAUUACAAAACUGUAAUAAACAAAAGAAAUUAAAAAGAUGUGAUGAUAUGGACACCUUCUUCUUGCAUUAUGCCGCAGCAGAAGGCCAAAUUGAGCUAAUGGAGAAGAUCACCAGAGAUUCCUCUUUGGAAGUGCUGAAUGAAAUGGAUGAUUAUGGAAAUACCCCUCUGCAUUGUGCUGUAGAAAAAAACCAAAUUGAAAGUGUUAAGUUUCUUCUCAGCAGAGGAGCAAACCCAAACCUCCGAAACUUCAACAUGAUGGCGCCCCUCCACUUAGCUGUGCAGGGCACGCACAACGAGGUGAUGAAGGUCUUGCUUGAACACAGAACUAUUGAUAUUAAUUUGGAAGGAGAAAAUGGAAACACAGCUGUGAUCAUUGCAUGCACCACAAAUAAUAGUGAAGCACUGCAGAUUUUGCUUAACAAAGGAGCUAAGCCAUGUAAAUCAAAUAAAUGGGGAUGUUUCCCUAUUCACCAAGCUGCAUUUUCAGGUUCCAAAGAAUGCAUGGAAAUAAUACUAAGGUUUGGUGAAGAGCAUGGGUACAGUAGACAGUUGCACAUUAACUUUGUGAAUAAUGGGAAAGCCAGCCCUCUCCACUUGGCUGUGCAAAAUGGUGACUUGGAAAUGAUCAAAAUGUGCCUGGACAAUGGCGCACAAAUAGACCCAGUGGAGAAGGGAAGGUGCACAGCCAUUCAUUUUGCUGCCACCCAGGGAGCCACUGAGAUUGUUAAAUUGAUGAUAUCGUCCUAUUCUGGUAGCGUGGAUAUUGUUAACACAACCGAUGGAAGUCAUGAGACCAUGCUUCACAGAGCUUCGUUAUUUGAUCACCAUGAACUAGCAGACUAUUUAAUUUCAGUGGGAGCAGAUAUUAAUAAGAUCGAUUCUGAAGGACGCUCUCCACUUAUAUUAGCAACUGCUUCUGCAUCUUGGAAUAUUGUAAAUUUGCUACUCUCUAAAGGUGCCCAAGUAGACAUAAAAGAUAAUUUUGGACGUAAUUUUCUGCAUUUAACUGUACAGCAACCUUAUGGAUUAAAAAAUCUGCGACCUGAAUUUAUGCAGAUGCAACAGAUCAAAGAGCUGGUAAUGGAUGAAGACAAUGAUGGGUGUACUCCUCUACAUUAUGCAUGUAGACAGGGGGGCCCUGAUUCUGUAAAUAACCUUCUUGGCUUUAAUGUGUCCAUUCAUUCCAAAAGCAAAGAUAAGAAAUCACCUCUGCAUUUUGCAGCCAGUUACGGGCGUAUCAAUACCUGUCAGAGGCUCCUACAAGACAUAAGUGAUACGAGGCUUCUGAAUGAAGGGGACCUUCAUGGAAUGACUCCUCUCCAUCUGGCAGCAAAGAAUGGACAUGAUAAAGUAGUUCAGCUUCUUCUGAAAAAAGGUGCAUUGUUUCUCAGUGACCACAAUGGCUGGACGGCUUUGCAUCAUGCAUCCAUGGGCGGGUACACUCAGACCAUGAAGGUCAUUCUUGAUACUAAUUUGAAGUGCACAGAUCGCCUGGAUGAAGACGGGAACACUGCACUUCACUUUGCUGCAAGGGAAGGCCACGCCAAAGCCGUUGCGCUUCUUCUGAGCCACAAUGCUGACAUAGUCCUGAACAAGCAGCAGGCCUCCUUUUUGCACCUUGCACUUCACAAUAAGAGGAAGGAGGUGGUUCUUACAAUCAUCAGGAGCAAAAGAUGGGAUGAAUGUCUUAAGGUUUUUAGUCAUAAUUCUCCAGGCAACAAAUGUCCAAUUACAGAAAUGAUAGAAUACCUCCCUGAAUGCAUGAAGGUACUUUUAGAUUUCUGCAUGUUGCAUUCUACAGAAGACAAGUCCUGCCGAGACUACUAUAUCGAGUAUAAUUUCAAAUAUCUUCAAUGCCCAUUAGAAUUCACCAAAAAAACACCUACACAGGAUGUUAUAUAUGAACCUCUUACAGCCCUCAAUGCAAUGGUACAAAAUAACCGCAUAGAGCUUCUCAAUCAUCCUGUGUGUAAAGAAUAUUUACUCAUGAAAUGGUUGGCUUAUGGAUUUAGAGCCCAUAUGAUGAAUUUAGGAUCUUACUGUCUUGGUCUCAUACCUAUGACCAUUCUCGUUGUCAAUAUAAAACCAGGAAUGGCUUUCAACUCAACCGGAAUCAUCAAUGAAACUAGUGAUCAUUCAGAAAUACUAGAUACCACGAAUUCAUACCUAAUAAAAACUUGUAUGAUUUUAGUGUUUUUAUCAAGUAUAUUUGGGUAUUGCAAAGAAGCGGGUCAAAUUUUCCAACAGAAAAGGAAUUAUUUUAUGGAUAUGAACAAUGUUUUGGAAUGGGUUAUCUACACGACGGGCAUCAUUUUUGUGCUGCCCUUGUUUGUUGAAAUACCAGCUCAUCUGCAGUGGCAAUGUGGAGCAAUUGCUGUUUACCUCUAUUGGAUGAAUUUCUUACUGUAUCUUCAAAGAUUUGAAAAUUGUGGAAUUUUUAUUGUUAUGUUGGAGGUAAUUUUGAAAACUUUAUUGAGGUCUACAGUUGUAUUUAUCUUCCUUCUUCUGGCUUUUGGACUCAGCUUUUACAUCCUCCUGAAUUUACAGGAUCCCUUCAGCUCUCCAUUGCUUUCUAUAAUCCAGACCUUCAGCAUGAUGUUAGGAGAUAUCAAUUAUCGAGAGUCCUUCCUAGAACCAUAUCUGAGAAAUGAAUUGGCACAUCCAUUUCUGUCCUUUGCACAACUUAUUUGCUUCGCAAUAUUUGUCCCAAUUGUCCUCAUGAAUUUACUUAUUGGUUUGGCAGUUGGUGACAUUGCUGAGGUCCAGAAACAUGCAUCAUUGAAGAGGAUAGCUAUGCAGGUGGAACUUCAUACCAGCUUAGAGAAGAAGCUGCCACUUUGGUUUCUACGCAAAGUGGAUCAGAAAUCCAUCAUCGUGUAUCCCAACAAACCCAGAUGUGGUGGGCUAUUAUUCCAUAUAUUCUAUUUUUUAUUUUGCACUGGAGAAAUAAGACAAGAAAUACCAAAUGCUGAUACAUCUUUAGAAAUGGAAAUAUUAAAGCAGAAAUACCGGCUGAAGGAUCUUACUUUUCUCCUGGAAAAACAGCAUGAGCUCAUUAAACUGAUCAUUCAGAAGAUGGAGAUCAUCUCUGAGACAGAGGAUGAAGAUAACCAUUGUUCUUUUCAAGACAGGUUUAAGAAAGAGCAGAUGGAACAAAGGAAUAGCAGAUGGAAUACUGUGUUGAGAGCAGUCAAGGCAAAAACACACCAUCUUGAGCCUUAGCUCCUCAGACCUUCAAUGAGGCUUCUAAUAGGGGGGUGCAUGACUUGCUGGUUCUAAUUUUCAGUUUAAAAAGAGUGAGGAAGAAGCAGAAAUCUGAUUUCACUACAUGUGAAAUCAUGGUUCCUGCAUGCUAUAUAAAAGUAAACCAUCUUUUAUCCUCUACUCAUAUUUUCUACCAAUCACUAUGUAUUAGGGAUAUCUUUGCAGAUAUGUUCAAAUUGGACUUGACUUUGAUGAGAGAUAAUCUCAUUAUUUGAAUGGGUAGAAAAUGAAUUUGCUAGAACACACCUUUUUAAUGAAAAGAAGUAAUAAAUGUAACUAUUAAGCUAGAAUGCAAAUGUCAGUACUAAAUUCCUGCUUGCUAAUUGCAUAAUAUGUGAUGCCCUAGAAAAUAGUCACAAGUAUUAAUAAUGCCUUAGAUGAUAGUCUCAAAUAUUAAGUUGAGGUCUACCUAACCUAAGCUGCUUCUUGGAAAGCUUCUUCAUGUUGAAAGAACCUGUGGGUGGCACCAUGUGCACUAUUCUGUUCCUACUGUGAUGAAUAGCCCCACCCUUCUUGCUGUCCCCAACACACCUGAUGUCACUUUGAACCAUAUAGUUGAAGCAAAAAUUAAUAGGCCUUAUGAUAUGCACGAAUUUUACUGUAGAUAAUAUAUGUUGUUUCUGUUUUUGUUUGCCAGUGAGCAUAAUAAAUGUAAAACCUA